AUGGAUUCUCUGACUACCCAUCCCGCGACCGCGCAACAGGCAAAAGCGUUCACGUCUCCGGCCUCCCUGUCGUUCCCAGGUGGCGCUGGCGAACUGACCCCUCCCUCGUCCGAGAAAGAGGCCAACGGGGCCCUCCCCCACGGCCAGCAGGCUCAGUCCAUGCUGCAGUCUCAGUCGCAGGGGAACCCGGCUGCGGCAGGCAGCUCGGGCACGGCGGCCACGCCCGCGACCCCAGUUGCGACUCCUGGAGCCGGCCCAGGCGUGAGCGGCAUUGUACCUACGUUGCAAAAUAUCGUUGCCACCGUCAAUCUUGAUUGUCGACUGGAUCUCAAGACCAUCGCCCUGCACGCGAGGAACGCCGAAUACAACCCAAAGCGUUUCGCGGCCGUCAUCAUGCGUAUUCGAGAUCCCAAAACCACUGCGUUGAUAUUCGCAUCCGGCAAGAUGGUCGUCACCGGCGCAAAGUCAGAAGACGACUCGAAGCUCGCGUCCCGAAAAUACGCCCGUAUUAUUCAGAAGCUAGGCUUCAACGCCAAGUUCACCGACUUCAAGAUCCAGAAUAUCGUCGGCUCGUGCGAUAUCAAGUUCCCCAUCCGUCUCGAAGGUCUAGCCAGCAGACAUCACAACUUCAGCUCCUACGAACCAGAGUUGUUCCCUGGCUUGAUCUAUCGUAUGAUGAAGCCGAAGAUCGUGCUGCUGAUCUUCGUCAGCGGCAAGAUCGUGCUUACUGGUGCCAAGGUUAGGGAAGAGAUAUAUCAAGCUUUCGAGAUGAUAUAUCCUGUCUUGACUGAUUUCAGAAAAGUCUGA